UGAAAUCGUAAAAUUUUCAUUCAUAAAAUAUGACAACAACAACAACAACAAUUAAUCAUAUGAUGAUGUCCACAACCAUUGUGGUCAUGAUUAUGAUCACAACAACCAUAAUGACCAAUUCAACGUUCGCUAUAUCGGAUGAUCAACAAAACAAUGAAUCAUCUAAUAAUGCAACAGGAUUGGAUAAAAGUUUAAACAAAUUAUUGACGGAUUUAUCAUCAUUAAAUGAUCGAUUAAUUAGAAUCGAAACAAUUGUCAAGGAAAUACAACAAUGGCAGCAUCAACAUCAUCAUCAUCAUCAUCAUAAUUACCGUGAUGAUGAUCAAUCGAUUCUAAUCAAUCGGCUACAACAACAUGAAAGCGAUCAUCACCAUCAUCAUCAAUCAAUCCAAUCACAAAAUGAUGAUAAUUUUGAAUCAACCGGUAUAAUGGCGGCUACCUGUCAUAUGCGUCCAAAUCGUCAUUUAGCAUUAUUGAAUCAACAGGAUAUUCAUGGUGAAAUUUAUCUCACACAACAAAUAGCUACAAAUCCUGCAAUUAUUAACAUGCAGAUACGAUUACAAGGUUUUAAAGUUGGUUGCGAUUCAACUACUACUGAAACUAAUGUUGCUAGUCUGAAACUGAAUAAUAGUGAUUGUAAUGCGGUAACAACAACAACAACAACGACAACGACAACAACAUUAAACGAAGUUGUUGGUACGAAAAACAAAACUUUUGCAUUUGGUAUGCAUAUCCAUGAAGGAUCUGAUCUAUCAUAUGAUUGUCAAUCAGUCGGUAAUCAUUAUAAUCCAUUGAAUAUGACACAUGGUGGACCGACUGAUUCAAUACGUCAUCUAGGCGAUUUGGGUAAUAUUUAUGCCGAUCAACAAGGCGUGGUUAGUAUGGACAAUUUACAAUUCACAAAUCUAAGCCUUAAUCCAAAUGAUGAACAUUGUAUUAUUAAUCGUACAAUUGUUAUUCACAAUGGUCGUGAUGAUUAUGGUAGAAAUACAAAUGCAGCUAGUAAAAUUACUGGCAAUUCUGGUAUAAGAAUUGCAUGCUGUUUAAUCACAUUAUUGGAACAACGGCCAUCGAAACAACAACAACAACAACAACAAACAACCACCACAACAACAUUUCCAUCGACGAUACAUUUAUCCAGUGAUGAUGAAUCGAUCCAAACAACAACAACAACAACAACAUUGAGAAUCCCAUAAAUUGAACAAAAUAUUAUU